GAUGAACGUCUUGUUGAAUGGAUUAAUCCGAUAUAUCUAGAUGUUGGUGUUGUAUCGGACAUACGAGAGCGUUUUGAGGAUGAAUCUGAAAUAGAGCUUCAAGACUUCCUCUUGGAGGAAAAAUACGACCAGGUUGUAAAAGCACUUCGAGACAGCAGCCUUCACUGGCAAACAAUUGGCCCGGCAAAUAAAAGACAUUAUGAACGCGCAUGUCCAGAUACUACCCAGGCUGUUCUUCGGGAACUGAGUGAUAUUCUSAAGUCCACUUCGAUGUUUAAACUUCUUAGAACAUUGACAGGCCUUGACUUGGCAGACACACCUCUCACCGCUGAAGAAGAUGAUAAGGUAGAGGACGAACAAGAAGAAGAAAGACCUUCCCCAGURAAUCCACGCUGUCGGAGUGAAAUUCGGCGAUGGCGCCAUGGUAGUUACACACUAGUACACGAUACUGACCCCGAGAAGGCCGAGUAUGCUCUCGAUGCUAUGCUAUUCUGCGGCUGUGAAGGUUGGAACAGUGACCAAUGGGGUGGAUUUACAUCAUAUCUAGCCAAUGAGGAAGAUGAGGAGCUCCUUUCWGUCCACCCAUUGGCAAAUUCYCUGGCUUUAGUGUAUCGCGAUAUGGACACUCUGAAGUUCGUCAAACAYGUCAACUACAGGUCUGUCAAUGAUUCAGCCUCGUCACAUACUGGACAAGGAUUUUGUGAUUUCCAYAAUGUCUAUUACGAAUAGAUUGUCAAUAAGAAGAGUAUAAACUGUUUUCAAAUCAAUAAAAAUGAACUUUAUAUUAUUA